AUGACGAAGGAAUUCAAUGUGCCACCCGUCAUCUUCCCAUCCGGCGGCAAUCCGAUUGUCACUGGCGGAGCCAAUAUGCAGCAGCGGCGAGUCCCCACGGCGCCGUUCCCUCCUCGCACUUCCAACGCCGGAAUCCCUUUCAUGUCAUUCGAGAUCGGCUCCGCUCCCACCGCCUCCUACGGCAGCGGCGCCAUCGGUGGAGGCCCCGUUCCCUCCGCUGCUAAUUUCGAUGAAGAACCGCCUCUUCUCGACGAGCUCGGUAUCCAUCCUGACCAAAUCUUGCGGAAGACGAAAUCGAUACUGAAUCCUUUCCGGGUUAAUUCCGACGUUCACAUGGACUCCGAUCUAUCUGGCCCGAUGUUCUUGUACAUCUCGCUCUGCCUUUUUCAGUUGCUCGCCGGGAAGAUUCAAUUCGGGGUGAUUCUAGGGUGGAUUGUUGUGUCUUCGAUUUUCUUAUACGUUGUAUUCAACAUGCUCGCGGGGAGGAACGGGAAUUUGGAUCUGCACUCUUGCACGAGCGUGGUUGGCUAUUGUUUGCUUCCGGUGGUGAUGCUAUCAGCAAUUUCUCUUUUCUUGCCACAGGGCGGGGGUAUCAGGUUCGUAAUAUCUGGAGUUUUCGUGAUCUGGGCAACCAGGGCUUGCACCAAUCUCAUGGUGGCAGUGGCCAGAGGCGGAGAAGAACAUCGUGGGUUGAUUGCGUACGCUUGUUUCUUGAUUUACACUCUGUUUUCGUUGCUUGUGAUAUUUUAG